AUGGCAAUGCCGCUUAGGCUUCUCUCUCUCCCCUCAGAGAUACUUGUCCUCAUCUUCGACUUCAUCCCGCACACCUGCUUCUCGGAGGACCCAUCCCUCCUCUGCGUCUCCAAAGCCUGGUACACCUACGCGCACGCAGCCUGGCUGCAGCACAUCCGCCUCACAUCCAAGAGCCUCCCCCGCUUCCCGCCCGACGACCCCGCCAUCUCCGACUUCAUCCAGGACCACACCACAUCACUGAAACUCAAGCUCUAUGGCGUGAUCGACUUCAACACGCCUAUCAAAGCGCGGCUCGAUGAGUUUUCAUCCGCAGUGGGACGGAUGAGGAAGCUGAGCAACUUUGCGUUCAUGGCGUGCUACUGCUCUGCCCCGUGGGAGAACUUACCCGCCGCUGGUGGUGGUGGUGGUGGUGCUGCAGUCGAGGGGGAGGACCGUGAAGAUGUGUUUCCGUUGUGCUAUCUAUGGGUCGAGUCGGUCUAUACGAUGCUGUUGGAGCUGCCCAAGACUUUGACGAGGUUGAAGCUGGAUACGAUUGGAUCGACUCUAUUGACUGGGCACAGCGGUCCAAGGGUUAGUAUCAAGCCGAAGCGGGGGUGGCAUAUCUGCGGGAUGUUCAAAGACAUGACUGCUCUUAGAUAUCUGAAAGUCAGGAUGGACUUGGUGUGCGGAGACGUCUUUGAAGGGCCGCAGAUAAAAAGGAUAAUCGUCAAUCUGAGGAGAAAAGACAAGGAUGGCAUCAAGAUGUUGAGGCUGUGUGGGGAAUGUGAGGAGUCGAAGGAGCUGGCCCAGGGAUCUGAGGAGGUGUUCAUUGAGCGUCUAUAUGGUUCGGGGAGAGAAGCAGUGCUAGCCGUGCCAGAGGGGACCAAGGAAUGUUUCAUCCUGGGGGAGCGGACUGAAGGGGAUCUGAAAUGCCAACCAAAUUUAGAUCGCCUGUUUUGUUACUUUGAUGUGGGGAUCGACUUCAGCUUUCAUCUUCUUGGAUGCCUCUACUUUCCACUCAGACUCGGCUUUCACCCAGUCAAAUUUCAUGUCCAUUCUAACACCAAUCCUGUUCGAGCGUAUUACAACUCUAACUUAACGGAGGGGUUACUUAACUUAAUUACCUAUAUACAAAUCAAUAUUUUCAACACACGUUUUUAG